AUGAUACGAGAUUCAGAGGAGGGACUCUUGUGGUCUUCAGUGAGUCCGUACCAGCUACUCCAUGUAAAACGUCUCAAUGAUGCUUUACAUUGGAAAUACACGCAGUAUGCGCAGUUCAACGAGGACGACUCGAUGAUCAUGGUGUCCGGUGUACACUUCGGCCAGAACAACACUACUGGUGAGAUUGCGGUGUUCGAAAUCGAUUUAGCAGCCGGACUAUUGUUCCGCUCACGAGCCAUCAACAAGCCUUACGACGUGUUCGGUUGCUGGUUCGACAACCAGCACCUGUUAUGUGGAGAGCUCAGCUGGUGGAUGAACGAAAUGGCCUCGUCGUCAGAUAUCUACAUCUGCUGCGCCGAUCCGGACACAGUUUCGCCGAAUACGCCGGUGAUCAUGCCACUGUUCAGGUAAAU